AUGACUGGAACGAAUCCGUUCAUGGAGAAGAGGUAUAACCCCAAACAGGUAUACAUUCGAUCUACAGACGUGAAUCGGACGUUAAUCUCUGCUUAUUCCAACAUUGCCGGAAUGUUUGCUGGUGGAGAAGCUGGGAAGGAUUUCCCAAACGAAACAGAUUGGCCUACCGGUUGGACUCCAGUUCCUGUGCAUACACUUCCAGGUGACGAAGACCAUGCUGGCAAUGUGUUCGCUCCGUGCCCUCGUGCUGAUCAGUUGGAUGAGGAGCUACGAAACAGCAAAGAAUACAAGCAAAUCGAGGAGGACAAUAAGGCAAAGGACUAUUCACUAAAGUGUAAUGGCCAUCGAACAUCUUCCUUCAUCAACGACGUUCAUCACAUUGAGACUAUUUACAAUAUGAGCCAGCCGGAAUGGAUGACCCAGGAGGUCUCAAGGCGACUUCGCAAUCUCACCUCCCUAGUCAACGGGUACAACUAUGGUAUUGGAGAACCAUACGAGCCUGAGCUGAUCCGAUUGAGAGGAGGUGAGUAA